AUUGUUUUUAGUCUAUUACUUAAUCUUAUAAAAGUGCUAUGAAAAGGGAGAAGAUGGCCGUCCCAGCAGUGUCUGGGCUGUCCCGGCAGCUCAGCCAGUAAGGGGUAGGUAGAGCUGAGAUUCGAACCCACACAGGCACAUAGAAGAUGGAGUUGGAAGGAAAAUUCGUGCUCUUUAUACUACGUAUCAACACUAUGCUUUGCAUGUCAUGACACCUUGCAACUUAGGUGCGAUGCUUUAGUAUGACUGUUGUCAGGCCGUUUUCCAAGUUCAUGCGGCUGCCUGUUCAGGUAUAUGGUAUCGAAAGUCGCUAUGCCACUGCUCUUUAUUCUGCUGCAUCUAAACAGAAUAAACUGGAACAAGUAGAGAAAGAAUUGUUGAGAGUAGCACAAAUCCUGAAGGAACCCAAAAUGGCUGCUUCUAUUAUGAAUCCCUAUAUAAAGCGUUCCGUGAAAGUGAAAAGCUUAAAUGACAUGAGCGCAAAAGAGAGGUCCUUUCCUCUCACAUUCAACCUGAUCAACUUGCUUGUUGAGAAUGGUCGCUUGGACAAUACCCCUGGAGUCAUUUCUGCCUUUUCGACCAUGAUGAGCAUCCACUGUGGAGAAGUACCGUGCACAGUGAUCACUGCAUCUCCUUUAGAUGAAGCCACUCUUACUGAAUUAAAAACGGUCCUGAAGAGCUUCCUAAGUAAAGGCCAAGUCUUGAAAUUGGAAGUUAAGACUGACCCCUCAAUCAUGGGUGGAAUGAUUGUCUGUAUUGGAGAGAGAUACACUGAUAUGUCUGCGAAAACCAAGAUUCAGAAGCUCAGCAGGGCCAUGCGGGAAGUUUUCUGAAAGUGUUGAUUUUCUGUCAGUGAAAAUUCCUAAACUUGGAGCAACAAUAAAAUGCUUCCUGAACAGAAAAA